CCCCGGGGUACGACGCGAAGGAUGUGCAAAAGAUAUUUCCUGCCCGACGAGAUGCGGUCGUCGACGGCCGUGGCCGCGAGCGCGCCGUCGCCGCCUCGUCCAGCGGCGCCGUCGCUGCUGCUCAAGACAUCGGCCAUGCAGUCGGCGCUCUUUGAGCCAUCGGCCAAGGGUAUUACGAUCGGGUCUGGCGCGUCGAAUCGGUUUUGCAUCGCGUCGGAUGCGUCUGUGGACCUUCACCACGCGACGCUCGAGCACACGGCGGUACAUGGCAUCUGGGUCUACGUGGACCACAGCCGCCAUGGCUCGUACGAUCGAGACGCGUGCCAUGUGCAUCGGUCCGCGGCGAUCGUGGGCGAUGGCGACACAUUCAUGCUUGGCGCAACCCAAGUGCAGAUCCAUUUUUACACAUCUGUGCCGAGCACCUCGCAGCAAUCCCAUCACGGGCUGCAGCAUCUGGUCACGGCGCCGUCGCGGGCGAUCGCGCCGCCCGACUACACCAACUCGCCGCUGCCCAAGCACAAGCGGGCGCAGCACCGCCCGACCGAGUUUUCGUUCGACCCGCUGCAUUUCCAAAAGCUCCAUGCGACGUCCGUGCCGCUCGAGUAUGCUGCGUCGCCGCCCGUCGCGAAUCGCCUCCACGUCGGACCGACUGCAGCGACGAAACCAGCACCGUCCAAGCGUGACGACCUACGCAUACUAGUGUCCAAGAAGAUGGCGAACCUCAACCCCAAGCCAUCGGUGCUGCAUGCGUCACCGACGACGCCACCGCACCUCGUCGCGGGGCAUCACCACCAAAUUCCUCUGCCCCGCAAGACGAUGCCAACGUUCGCCUUGGACAUUGAACCGCUGCGAUCGGCGACACCGUCGACAUCGACGCGCGUCUCGUCAUCCAUGUAUGACGACGACGGCAUGGACGACGAUGUCUUCUCGAGCGUCGACAGCAGCGCGCCGACCGAGGUUGCCAAGUACCGCGAUUCGCUCGAGUCGCUGGGUAGUGACAACCAAAGCAGCAGAAGCAGCAGUGACGAAGACGACGCCAUGGCGCCGCGGUCCAAUGACCACUACACACCCAACAUUCCUCCCCGGCGUGUAAUUGACGGCGACGACCUUGAGACGCAGCAUCGUUUGAUCGCCUCGCUUCGGCUCAAGCGCGUCCAGCCCAAGAUCCAGACGUCGCCGCAAGCACUGCUCUCGCCGUACAAGACGGCCAAGUCCCUGCGCCACGACCCGCUCCAAUUUUACAUGGAGUCGCCGCGCGAAGCGUCGUCGUACUUUGACUAUAAGGAGCACUAGGGCCAUCGACGGCCGCCACCAUUGUACAGCGGCUUGUCGCGGACGUCGCUUCCUGCAUCCCGGCAGAGACGGGCGGUUUUGUCAUGAAAUUUGCGUACCUACUAUUUGUCAACAAAAAGGAAUGACAUGUUUGUUUGCUCCUGCC